AUGGGCCACCUCAAGCAACAGUAUCGCAUCCCCCUCUCCGCCGCAAUGGCGCCCUCCAGCGCAUCUCUCCAGGACGACUUUUCCCGCCUUCCACUGACCCCUCCUGAGCCCGCGGAUGUUUUGCCUGUCCCGAAGGAUGCUGCCUCUGUUACCACAGCUAUACAUGUGAUCUCCACGGAGCGCGCUGCUCUGGCGCAUCUCGAGCGUCUGUAUCAGACGGACCAGCUCGCCCAGGAUCAUCUUGCCCGCGCCGUGGACCAGAUUGCGCGCACAAUCCGCAAUGGUAACAAGCUCGUCUGUUGCGGCGUUGGGAAGAGCGGGAAGAUUGCCCAGAAGCUCGAGGCGACUAUGAACAGCUUGGGAAUCUACAGCACAUUUUUACAUCCGACGGAGGCGUUGCAUGGAGACCUAGGCAUGAUCCGGCCGAACGAUACCCUUUUGUUAAUUUCUUUCUCCGGACGUACUCCGGAAUUGCUGCUACUUCUUCCGCAUAUACCAUCAACCGUCACUGUUAUCGCAAUCACCUCUCAUCUGCACCCCUCCACAUGCCCUUUAUUGUCAUUCCACCCCUCCGACAUGGGCAUUCUCCUCCCAGCUCCAAUCCACGAGGACGAAGAGACAUCCAUUGGCGUCUGCGCUCCAACAUCCUCAACAACAGUGGCCCUCUCUCUCGGCGACGCCCUAGCAAUCGCCACUGCCCGCAGGCUCCAUACCUCGCCGGGACGAGGCCCGGCAGAGGUCUUCAAAAGCUACCACCCCGGCGGCGCAAUCGGAGCCGCCUCAACCGCCUCCACGCCAAUGAGCAUGUCCACUGUCUCCUUUACAUCAACGCCCUCAGACUUUCUCCCCGUCCGCCAACCCUUCGCCGGCGGCGUACAGGAAGAAGAAUUUCCACACCUCAGCCGCCCCCUCAUAACCGACCUAAUCACGCCUCUCGGCCAGAUCCCCACCGUCGUCUCCUCGUCCGGCAAAGGCCGACUACUUGACGUCCUCCUCACAGCAAUCCAGCAUCCGAACGCGAAAUCGUGGGUCUUCGUCUCCCCGUCUGAGAUCAUCCCGCCGCGCCAGCUCCGCUUCCUCUCGCAGGGGAGCUAUAUUGACAUGGAUAUCUCCUCGCUCGCGGAUCUGGGAGCCCCGUACUUUGUUUCGCGGAAGGAUUGGCUUCUUAUCCCGGAUUCCUGCACAAUUGAGGAUGCUCGGCGGCUCGUGCCAAGUGACUCGUCCGUCAGUGUUAUUGGCGUCACACGCGGCCGCAAUGCGGCUGAGUGUAUUGGUGUUCUCGAGGCUGAGGAUCUCUGGGGGAAUUGCGAUGAUUGA